CGACAAAUGUGAUUGGUCGGCUGGCCGCGGAGCAAAUUUAGGCCUCAUCUCAAUCAGCUGUUAUCGCCUGCGGAAGCCCCAGAGUGGUCGCUUUCUUUGCGUGUCUAGGAUCUUCCUCCAAAUCAGAAUAAGACAUGGGCCACAUCCUGAUCCACCAUUGGCUCCUCCUGAUGACCGUCUGCAUUCUGGCCUGCCCUGCAGUCACCGGACUCUUUGAGUGGCUGAGGAUCACGCAGCCUGCGGCUGAUCCUCCUCCUCCUCCACCGCCGGUAGCGCCGGCGCUUCUGGCGAAGGACGCUCAGUUUGAAAUGGUGACCGCAGACCAGAAGUUUCUGGCUGAGGCAAAGCAGCUGGAGCUGAGCCCGUUAGACAGCUGCCACUACAGGGUGGUUGCUAGGCUGAGGUCCAGCUGUGAAAGCCUCACUGAGGAGAAUCUCGCCAAGCUUGGAGUGGAACUGUUUAACUGCCAGGCGGAGAUCGAGGGGCGCCGGACCUUCCCGUGUACAGAGGAAAUGACCAUUAAAGAAUGCACAGCCGACAUGGACCCGGACACAUGGAAUGCCUACCACAUCGUGAGCAACAGAGCACGCUCGGUUUGCUACGCCGCCCGUCAGCAGCUCUUCCGCCGCCGAGCGGAGCUCACGGUCAACUCUCUCAUCUCCACGGCAACAAGCCAGCUGGAUGCAAUGAAAGACCUGAAGGUGGGACAGCUGGAGCUGAAGGAGCUGACGGCAGCCUCUCUGGACAAGCUGCUGGAGGGCCAUAGCGCCCUGCAGUCUCAACAGGGCAAACUGCACGAGGGUCAGGAGCAGAUGGAGAGCUCACUGAGGGACAACCUGCAGCGUCUGGGUCAGGAGAAGGCCCUCAUCGCUUCCGGACAGGAGCUGGUAGCUCGGCUCAUUCAGGGCAUUACAAAAAGAAUGGAAAAUGUGAGUGAAUAUCUGGAAAUCCAAAGCGCAGAGGUCCAAGACAACCACAAGGCGAUUGUUGAUGACCUCACAGAUGUCAGACACCAAGCCCAAGAUAUUUACCAGAAAAUUGACCACAGCAUGUCUGAGUUUCUGCAGUACCAGGACCAGACCUCCCAGUACUACGCUGAUCUGAUGAACAAACUGGAGCGCAUGAACAACACGCUGGGAGUCAUGCUGCACUACCUGGACAACAUGCAGCAUCGCAUAGAGGACAGGCUUCACAUGAUCCAGAGCUACCUUGGCUGGGCAGGUUUGAGUCUAACGGCCAUGUGGACCUGCGUCGCACACACGGGCUACUUCGUAUUGUGCGCCGUCCUCCUGACGUUCCUGCGCUGUCCGGGCUUCUCCAGAGCCGUGCUGCUGCUCGUGGUUCCUCUGAACGCGGCGGCCGAGGUCAACCAGCAGCCGGCGCUGGACCUGACCAGCCUCAGCGUCCUGCUGCUCACUCUGUCCCUGGGUCACUGGUUUGUGAAUCGUCUUUGGGCUUGUGUGCCAAGCAGAAAGGAGCCAGGUUCACCACCGCUGCUGGGCCCAUGCAACAUCGUGGAGCCUCAGAAGGACAUGAUGUUGGGUCCGCCUUCAUCCACACCAGAAAGAUAUGGAAAAGGCGACAUUUUCGAACAAGACAGCUUGUUGAAUAACGACAGCUUUUUAUCAGGUGAACUCAGCAUAUCGGCGGUGUCUCCACGUCACAGGCGACCCGUGCCAGAGCAGAACUUCCUGCCGACAUUUGGAACGCCCAAUCAGUCCACUCCCAGGCCAACGCCCCCUGGAUGUCUAUCAAGGGCUCUAAUUGACGACAUCGCAGGAGGAGCUUUUUAUGCAGCAGAUGACUCCCGUAACUUUGGCAGGGAAAUGCGGAGUGCAAGUCCGACCCCAUCAGUUAUCACCAACAGCUCCUUGUCAGGCCGCCAGCUGUGCAAUGGAAUCACAAAAACGGGGAAAGCCUGUAAGAACAAGGCGGUUCCAGGACAGGAGUACUGCCGAGUCCACGAAGGGGGGCACAGCUCCUAUGUUCAGGCCUAAAAUGUUCAACUUUGACAUUUUUUUAUUUUAUAUUUUUUUAAGAUGAGUUGUUACAGCAGUGAGUGUUCUGAAGGAACUUUUACCAAAUAUUUAUGUAAAUUUUAAACGAGUUUGUUCCGAGUCCUUUACAAACGAAUGUUUUACCAGUUUUGUGUCUAAUUUGUGGGUUUUUGUUGUGUAAGUGGAUGCAUGGUGAUUUGGAUGGAUCAAGGAAACAAUUUAGGCUGUGCAGGUUUUAAAAUAGUUUGCUCAUUUAAUAAAUCUAAACAACCAUACAUUCAGCUUGUUUGUUCUUUUUAUUAAACUUAUUCAUCAGUCACCCUUAUGCUCAUCCUGUAACAUCAACAGCUUACUGUUUUCAAGUUUCCCACCACCUCUAUGGAAAGGGCAUAUUGCAUUUUUAAGGAUUAAAAAAAAACAAGACUGUCAAACUGAAACAAAUCUGUUUUUAUUUUUCUAAAAAGAAACCAUUUGAACCCCGUUUCCCAACAAAGGGCUCUGAACUCCACCUGUAAAAUGGAAAGAUACUGACUCUUUAUAUUGACAUUUGAUCUGGAACUACAGGUGAAACUGUUCUUAGCAAAUUGAGAAACCUUGCUUGAAUCUGCUAGGCAAGAAAAGUGGGUGAACUUCAUGGAAGCUAGGCGAAGAGGCACUAAACUGUUUCUUUGCCCAAGAG